UUCUUUAUGCAGGUCAUUUGCUCGAAACAUCAGUUUAAACAUAUGUUUUUUGUUGCAACAUGGGUAACCGGUUCAUAUAAACGACUCCGAAUCGUUUCUUCGAGAGUCUAUUGGUCAUUAAAUAAGUAUGACUUUUUAAUACGUUGCAGUGCAGUAAAAUGAUUUAAUGCACAUAUAUGAGGACUUGGUACUUUUCUGCAUGAGUCAAAUGUUUGUACGUUGCUACGUCUAAGAAAAUGCCAUUUGUAGGACAGGGAGUCGAUUCAGUAAGAAAAGUGUCUCGACUCAAAUUCAAGAUUCGGUUCGAACGUUUUCGGCACCUACGAGGUGAAAUGAGAAGCCACUGAAACUGACGUAGGAAUGAACGAGCACUGAGCCAAUAAUAUACUCCUGUGCUCUGAUUACAGCCAAUCAGAGCACAGGGACGCACACUGAGGGGAUAUCGGUGUGUGAUUUCAUUUCAGUUUAGCAGGAGUGCAACCCAGUGAUGAAAGUAAAAUGAAGCCCAACAGGAAUAACCAUUCUAAGCCCCAGUUGUCGUCCCGCCGCUGUAGACCGUGUCCCAGGCUCUGGGCAGCUGGAUCUGUUCAUGUCCUCAAUCGACCUUCAGCUUUCAGCUCACAGCAAUGGAGAGGAUUCAGACACAGCAGUGUGGCUUCUGGACAAGUUCUCCAGUUCAAGUUGUCGGACAUUGGCGAGGGGAUCAUGGAGGUGACGGUCAAGGAGUGGUAUGUGAAAGAGGGCGAUAAGGUUUCCCAGUUUGACAGCAUCUGCGAGGUGCAGAGCGACAAAGCUUCCGUCACUAUUACAAGCCGAUACGACGGAAUCAUAAAGAAACUUCACUACGAUGUAGAUUCUCUCGCUCUUGUCGGGUCACCUCUCGUGGACAUCGAGACAGACACACCACAAGAUGGCGGUCAUGAGGAGGAUAUUGUGGCGACACUCGCAGUAUCUCAUGAACACCCUCACCAGGAGAUUAAAGGACAUAAAACUCUGGCUACACCCACAGUGCGACGUCUUGCCAUGGAGAACAAUGUUAAACUGAGUGAGGUGGUGGGGACAGGAAAAGACGGCCGUAUCCUAAAAGAGGACAUCCUUAACUUCUUGGCCAAGCAGACGGGUGCAAUCCUACCUUACGACGACGUUAAGGUGCCAUCGGCACCAGCUGCUCCUGCCCAGGUGGAGAAAGCAGCCCCACAUCCUACGCCCACCGUCCCCCGACCUGUCUUUACUGGGAAAGACAUGACAGAGCCACUCAAUGGUUUCCAGAAGGCCAUGUUGAAGACGAUGACGGCUGCCUUGAAGAUCCCUCACUUCGGUUACUGUGAUGAGGUGGACCUCACCAAUCUGGUGAUAUUACGCUCAGAACUGAAAGGUGUGGCUGAAUCCCGAGGGGUCAAACUGAGCUACAUGCCCUUCUUCAUUAAGGCUGCAUCUCUCAGCCUGCUGCAGUUCCCAAUCCUCAAUGCCUCAGUUGACGAAAGCUGUCAGAACAUCACUUACAAGGCGUCCCAUAACAUCGGUCUGGCCAUGGACACUCUGCAGGGUCUGCUGGUGCCCAACGUGAAAGGCGUGCAGGCUCUGAGCGUGUUCGAAAUCGCAGCGGAGCUGAACCGACUGCAGGCGCUAGGAUCGGGCGGGCAGCUGGGCACGGCAGACCUGACGGGGGGCACGUUCACCAUCUCCAACAUCGGCUCGAUUGGAGGGACUUACGCCAUGCCGGUGAUCCUGCCCCCGGAGGUGGCCAUAGGAGCUUUGGGAAAGAUCCAGAUCCUGCCGAGGUUCGACGCCGGUGGCGAGCUGGUUAAAGCCCAUGUAAUGAACGUGAGCUGGUCAGCAGAUCAUCGUGUCAUUGACGGAGCCACCAUGUCCCACUUCUCCAACCUGUGGCGCUCGUACCUAGAACAACCCACUUCUAUGCUGCUAGACCUCAAAUGAGGAUCUUCCACUACACUGUGCCUUCCUGCAUUUACUCACAAAUGGACAAACCUUUGGUCUGAACUCUGAUGUAUGUGCUGAUUUGAUUAAAAUUCCACUCGUCCAGGUGUCAUGUAGAUAUAUUUAAUUUUAGAACAGAAGUUUGAGGCUGUGUUCCAAUCCUAUAUAGACUUCUCCUUGUCUUCUCCACUCGGUUUCAUCUCUUUCUCCCUCUCAGCUAAUAUAGUGGAGAUAAUAUGAGAAAGAUUUACCCAGAAUUUUAUUUUCAAAAUGGUGGAUACAUUAAAAGUGAAUAAAGACAUGAAAUAAAAAACAGCACUUGA